CAGGGCUGGGGCUGUUGUCUCGGAGAGCCAGCUGGGAUGGCGGAGUGACAGCGCAGCCUGCCAAUGGGCAGGCCCAAAUAACCUACCCUCCCACCCCUGGCUACUUCUAUAUGAGCUUGUUUGAGCCUGGCGAAGCUAUGAGGAGUCGAGGCUGUUGCUGGCUACUCGGAGGAGAGGGAGAGCUUAGUGGUCUUUGGUCAGAUGCAUUGCCAUCCUUAAACGUGGGUCCAUUCGAGAGCUUUAGGAAAACUCACUGUCACAAUGGCCAAGUAUAAACUUGUCUUGUUAAGGCAUGGAGAAGGAGCUUGGAAUAAGGAAAAUCGCUUUUGCAGCUGGGUGGAUCAGAAGCUUAACAGCGAUGGAGAGCAGGAAGCCCGAAACUGUGGCAAGCAGCUCAAAGCCCUGCACUUUGAGUUUGAUCUUGUCUUUACCUCUGUCCUUAAUCGGUCUAUCCAUACUGCUUGGCUGAUAUUGGAAGAGUUGGGUCAGGAAUGGGUUCCGUUGGAGAGCUCCUGGCGACUAAAUGAAAGGCACUAUGGAGCCCUCAUAGGCCUUAAUAGGGAGAAAAUGGCACUGAAUCACGGUGAGGAGCAAGUGAGAAUCUGGAGAAGAAGCUACAAUGUAACUCCACCUCCCAUUGAUGAAUCUCAUCCUUACUAUCAUGAAAUCUACAACGAUCGGAGAUACAAGGUUUGUGACAUUCCUGUGGAUCAGCUGCCCCGCUCAGAAAGCCUGAAGGAAGUGUUGGACAGGCUGCUUCCCUAUUGGACUGAAAGGAUUGCCCCCGAACUGAAAAGCGGCAAAACUGUUCUCAUCUCUGCUCAUGGCAAUAGCAGUAGAGCACUCCUGAAACAUCUGGAAGGCAUCUCAGAUGAUGACAUUAUCAACAUCACCCUCCCUACUGGUGUCCCCAUUCUCCUGGAACUGGAUGAGAACCUCCGUGCUGUUGGCCCUCAUCAGUUCCUGGGAGACCAAGAAGUCAUCCAAGCAGCUAUCAAGAAGGUGGAUGACCAAGGAAAAGUGAAGAAAGCAGGAAAAUAAAAUUCUGGCUCUGGGCUGUCUA